CUAAAUUCAGUUCGAAAUGAAACAGCUCUUGGGUAUAGUAUUGUACAUAUGGGCGUUGUCUUUGAUAUGCGUUCGGUCGAAUAAAGAGGAAUACGCAAUCAACUUAAUGCUAAGAGCACGCAUUUGCAAUGCCAAGCCAGAGUACGGUCAUUGCAAAGGUCACACGGAGCUGUGGUAUUUCCACCCCAGGCACAAUCGCUGUGAGAUAUUUGUGCACUCGAAUUGUGGUGGGAAUCGCAAUCGAUUCUACAACGAGGACCACUGCAUUAACUUUUGCAGGGAAAGAAUAUUGGGAUAUUAGCUAUAGAAAUACGAUACAAACACACAAAUGCCACGAUAUUGUGAAUAAAGCACUUCCCUCAUGA